AUGACCAUACGUUCAUAUAGUCUUCUCUCCCUGUCCCCAUAUCCAUCAGGGGGAACCUCGGGAAAGAAACCAUCCGUAAUCAUCAAACAAGGGGAUUUUUUAGCGUUUGACGAGUUUAAGAGUGAAGAACUUGUAUUUCAUCCAGUCUCAUAUUCUUGGAAAAGCACCGCUAGACCAACUUAUAAAGUCAAUAGUAUUUUCAAUACAAGUCCAAAUAGAUUGAAAGCCAUGUACGCUGCAUCUUCUGAGUUUGGCCAAAUAGGUAGAAUUUAUUGCUCUGACAAUUCCCGGGUGAAUGGUAUAAAUGAGAAGAGCUGGGGGACGGAUAAACAUGCAAAAAGAAUCAAUCAAGCUUGUGAGGUGGUACUUUCACAAUCAAAAUGGUACCGUGUUGAAGAGGUCAAAGGUGACUUUAUCAGCUUGGUUCCAAUUCAGGAGCCUUCUGAAUGUAAUGUUGUUAGACCUUGGGAGCUGGCUAAAGAUGUUGGUCACAAGCAGAUUCUACCCCUCCUUCGAUCUUCACAAUCAAAGUCAAUACCCAUCUCAGAAGGUAAACUCCAUGUUAUAAGUAUAAACAGAUUGAGUAUGCUCACGAGAAUGGCACCACACUCAAAGGAAACCUCAGCUUGGUCAAGUCGUGGGACCAAUGAUAGCGGUACGGAUGUGUCAAGUUCUCGGACAUAA